AUGACAGUCAUCAAAGUGUCAUCCCAGUCAUAUGACAGUCAUCAACCCGUCAUCCAACAGUCAACAGUCAUCAUGACAGUCAUCAAGUGUCCCCAACACCCGUCAUCCAACAGUCAUAUGACAGUCAUCAAGUGUCCCCAACACCCGUCAUCCAACAGUCAUAUGACAGUCAUCAAGUGUCCCCAACACCCCACCAUCAGCAGCACCACCAAGCAGCACCAUCAGCAGCACCACCAAACAGCACCAUCAGCAGCACCACCAGCACCAUCAGCAGCACCACCAAGCAGCACCAUCAGCAGCACCACCAAGCAGCACCAUCAGCAGCACCACCAAGCAGCACCGCCAGCAGCACCGCAAGCAGCAGCAGCACCACCAAAGCAGCACCAUCAGCAGCACCACCAAGCAGCACCAUCAGCAGCACCACCAAGCAGCACCAGCGGCACCACCAACAGCACCAUCAGCAGCACCACCAGCAGCACCAUCAGCAGCACCACCAAGCAGCACCGCCAGCAGCACAGGCCAGAGCAGCAUCCUGACAGCCAGGUUAUUGCGCCUAGACCAAACAAGACUUAG